AGCUUGGCGGUGCUUACCAUUACCCUCUUCAUUGAGCACCACAGCAUCAACGAUCGUGAUCUUCAGUAAUCCUGAAGAACUGUUUAUCAAAGCACCUAAUACCCAAUUGUAUCAAGAAAUGUCUGAAGCCAUGGAUGUCGAUCCUCCAGUCAAGAAAGAACCCAAGGAGGGCAAAGUCGAUGGUGGCAAAGCGCGCUUCGAAGUCAAGAAGUGGAAUGCCGUGUCGCUGUGGGCUUGGGAUAUCGUCGUAGAAAACUGUGCCAUUUGCCGAAACCAUAUCAUGGACUUGUGCAUUGAAUGCCAAGCGAAUCAGGUGUCCGCUACAAGCGAGGAGUGCACUGCUGCGUGGGGUAUCUGUAAUCAUGCCUUCCACUUUCACUGCAUAUCGCGCUGGCUCAAGACAAGGAACGUCUGUCCUUUGGACAACAGAGAGUGGGAGUUACAAAGAUAUGGCCGAUGAACGAGUUCCCCAAGUUGUUUGUCCCGAAUUGUUUUGAGGCAGAAACCCUGCACCGAGAUUGUGGUGUUCGAUUAGAAUGUCUUUUAUGUGCGCAAGCACACUCAUAGCACUCGCUACGCACGUAGACCUUUAGGAUUUGAUUUUAAAUCGUGUUACCUGUAUCGUCUCGAUUGAACUCCGAAUGUACUCUAUCCAUCCUUCAGAAUGUUCGAUCUCGCCGGGACGCCUUGCUUGCAAGGUCUAUUCUACCCUGGAAUUGAACAUUUUUGAUGUGCAGGCACACUU